AUGGCUCCCCAAAUGUCAUUGUCGCAUUCUGAUGGUGCUCUGAAGAUUGUCGACGCUGAUGAGGAAUCAAGUUUCACCUUCUUCGAUUCCUACUUUAUUGAAACUGGGUUAAGUCUUGAAGAAUUAAGAUGGAAAUUCUAUGAAAAAAGCAUUGUUGUUGGACCACCGCUUUCUGUCGAAAUCUCGAACUCUCCUCCUAUGGCAAUGGAGACCAAUCUGGUUCGUGUUCCCGUCGGUGACGCUGAUCGGCCGUUUUUUCCCUUGUCGUCGGAUACUGCUGCUUCGGCUGAUUCUCUUCCAUGCGAAGGAGUCGGCCCUCAUCCUCACUCCGAUCGUCGGUCUUCUCCUCUGAUGGCGGACCAGGUUUUUUUGGGAAAUAUUCCCCUGAACUCGUCAAACAGCCUCUUGCCUUGGUCCCUCCUAGCAUUGGGAAGGGCGAAUGUCCUAAUAAGGAAAGUCAACCAGUACUCGAUGAGGGCAAUCCGUCUCUUUCCCCUGGUGAAGACCCCUCAUGCACUAAUUGCUCUCCAAUUGCAGGAAACAAAGCAUUUAUUGCUGCUGUCUCUCCCCUUGAUGCUCCAUCUUUGCGCGUGCUUGUCCCUAAACCCUUCCCUGUCCGUUUUCUAUGCCGAUUCUUCUAUCACUCAAAAUUCAGGUAUAUGUUUGUAUCUGUGUGCGUGA